CAGACCCUGCGCCAGCAGGAGGCGCCUCCUCGCCCGCUACCUGGCGGGUAGGAAGCAGAAGGGCUGAUCCGUGCUGUCAUGUGACCGGAUGCGGAAGCUCUUCGCGAGAGGAGUGCUGCUUCCGGUGUCGGCCGGGCCGAGGCGCUGAGCAGUGCCGAGCACCGGGCGCUGGCGUUGUGGUCACGUUCCGCUAUGCGAGAGACUCUGAGGCCCGCAGCACAACACUAAAUUUGUAAUGAAAUGGAGUCGGGGUCAAGCUCUUUUCGAGUGGAAUUUCCAGAUUUUUCUAGCACCAUUUUGCAGAAGUUAAAUCAGCAGCGCCAGCAAGGACAAUUAUGUGAUGUUUCCAUUGUAGUUCAGGGUCAUCUCUUCAGAGCCCAUAAAGCUGUUCUUGCAGCUAGUUCACCUUACUUCUGUGAUCAGGUUCUCCUAAAAAACAGCAGGCGAAUAGUCCUGCCCGAUGUGAUGAAUCCCAGAGUAUUUGAAAACAUCCUUCUGUCUACCUAUACAGGUCGGCUGGUAAUGCCUGCUCCAGAGAUAGUUAGUUAUUUGACAGCAGCCAGUUUCCUUCAGAUGUGGCAUGUAGUGGAUAAAUGCACUGAAGUGCUAGAGGGGAACCCAACAGUUCUGUGUCAGAAGAUGAAUCAUGGCAGUGAUCAUCAGUCCCCGAGUAGCAGUAGUUACAAUGGCCUUGUUGAAACCUUUGAACUUGGCUCUGGAGGACAGACAGAAUUCCACAAAGUACAGGAACUAAGGGAUGGUGAAAACGAAGAGGAGAGCUCUAAAGAUGAACUUUCCUGUCAACUGACGGAACAUGAGUACCUUCCCAGUAAUUCUUCAACAGAACAUGAUAGACUUAGCACUGGAAUGACAAGUCAGGAUGGUGAAGAAGGAACUAGUGAUAGUGCAGAUUAUCAGUAUACCAGACCUAUGUAUAGCAAACCCAGCAUCAUGUCUCACAAGCGGUGGAUCCAUGUGAAACCAGAAAGAUUUGAACAAGACUGUGAAGGUGUUGAUAAUCCUUAUGAUGAACACCAAGUUUCUGAAUCCAUGAAUGCCAUUCAAGCAGAUCAUUCAAUCCAGUCUUCCGGUGUUGAAGAUUUUCAUAUAGGUGACAAAAAGAUGGAAGCAGAAUUUGAUGAACAGGCAGAUGAAAGUAAUUAUGAUGAACAAGUUGAUUUCUAUGGCUCUUCUAUGGAAGAAUUUUCUGGUGAACGGGCAGAUGGAAAUUUAAGUGCUCACAGACAAGAUCUUAUGAUAGCAGCCAACUAUGGGGAAGGCAUUGAAAUGGCUGCAGGAAUUAAAGAAGAAACGUCCCUCACUGGAUUCUCACAUGCCGAUAAGCUGUAUCCUUGUCAGUGUGGAAAAAGCUUUACACAUAAAAGUCAGAGAGAUCGACAUAUGAGUAUGCACCUUGGUCUUCGACCUUAUGGCUGUGGUGUCUGUGGUAAGAAAUUCAAAAUGAAACAUCAUCUUGUAGGGCAUAUGAAAAUUCAUACAGGUAUAAAACCAUAUGAGUGUAACAUCUGUGGGAAAAGAUUUAUGUGGCGGGACAGUUUUCAUCGGCAUGUGACCUCUUGUACCAAGUCAUACCAAGCUUCUAAAGCUGAGCAGAGUACUACUGAGAUGAACUAAGACAGUACGGCUUACAUUUAUUUAGUAAAGCAAAAUAAACCAAUUAUGCAAAUAUUGUCUGGUACUUGCUAUUGUAACUUAUCAAAAAAAGUUUUAAUGAUUGUGCUGGUAUAAGCAGACCAAACUUUUCUUUCACUUUCAACAAUAUUACCCGAGGUGUUUCACACAUGAAAUGCAAAUGGUUAAUCUGUAUGGUGCUUGCAAAAUGAGAUCUGUAAGGUCUUUGUAACAUCGGUUAUAAUCACAGCAGUAUUUAGAAGCCCUGUUGUUUUUCCAAGUCUUCUAAAUUCAAAGUACAACCCAUCUCUAAAUUGACCCAAAUCCUUCAGGUACUUAGAUGAGGCAGGAAUUCAGAUACCCGUAUUUAAUGAAAAGAUUGUAUGAUUUGCAUUUUAAUGAAAAAAAAAAAAUCAGAAUUUCAUCUCAAAACUGAAGACUACCAACAUACUUAACAUGCAUCAUUAGAUAGUUUGCAGCAUUAAAUAACCUUUGCUGUGUUGCUUAAUGAAAGGCCAUGUUAAAAAUUAUUUGGCUUUGCUGUAUGUCUUCCACUUUUUUAAUCCAAAACAGAUGUCUAAUUUUGUGCUGAUAUCUAUUUGGAGUCUGUAAAGCACUUAAAUAUAGUUGAGCACUAUAUAAACUUCAAUCUCUAUUAAGUACAAUUUGUCUUUUCUGCCCUAGAGUCUAAUUCUUUAUGACUUUGCUUGGUUGCUACAUCAUGAGAGAUGCUAGACAUGUGUGUAGUGUCUUGUCAAAAUACAAAGUAACAUUUGGAACUUAUCCAUAAUAAUGAAACAUUUAAACUGUAGUUUUAUGUUCAGAUUUUUGUGGCUUACUACAGUAGCAAGUACCAAACACUGUGGAUUCACAAAUUGACUUUUUAUUGGUACGAAAACUUCUUUGAGAACUUCUAUCUAGUUUUAGAAACCUGCUUUAGGAAAAUUAUUUAAUCAUUAACAGGUAUUUAUACUUGUAAAUUCUUUACUCUUUGAAUAGAGAUUUUUGGUUCUGAACCACUGUGAAUGGUUACACGUGAUCACAAGCAGCCAAAGUUCUUUCUGUCUUCAAAUGAAGUUGCUUGUAGAAAAAAAGCAGAAAGUACGCUACUUGGAUCUACUAAUGGUACUGAGAACAUGGUACCAUGAUCAUGUCCAAAGCCUGGAUUUUUGCUGGGAAAGCAGAACUUCUGCUUCAUUAGGAUCUGUGUGCUGGGCUCUCAUUCUUGGAGAUAGAUGGAAAAUUAUUUGUGAUUUUGAGAGAUGCUGUCAGCUCUGCAGGUAGAGUGAAUGCAUCAAUUGUGAAGGUGGCAACAGGAUUUUGGGGUUGAAAGCUUAAUGCAGUCCUGUGCAAAAGCAAUUAACCCUUCUUUGUAGUUUAAUGAAACAGUAUAAAAAAGAGCCUUUAGAGCAUACAUAGACAAACAUAGAAAGGGGUUAUGUCUGAAUGCAGUGCUGGUAAUGUUGGGGAAAAAGUUAACCAGCAUUAUAGGUCAUAGCCUAUCUAGCCCCAGUUUAUGUAUUGGAUACUGUAAUAUGCAGGGUAACAUACUUAAACAGAUGACUCUAUAUUGUGAAGCAAAACCACACAAAGGUAAUUACUAUUCAGAUGCUUUUUUGAACUCCUAAUAACAAAUUGUUAUAAGAUACAACCAAACUGUAUCCUGAACAUGAAUAUCUAGUACAAGCUGGGGGCUUUCUACUCAGUGGGCUGCAAUUACUGUAACUUCUUUUCUGGCAUUCUACUUACAAACUUUAAUUUUUUUAAGAGGCUCUUAAUCUUCUAAUGCUUCAGAUAUUUUUCAUAUGGAAUUUUGUUAAAACCAAUGUUCCCAAAUACAAUGAACCCAUUGCUGGCAAUGGGCAGGAAUGGUUAGCACCACAGAGUUCCUAUUCUUAGCACUUAAUUGAACUCUACAAUAUACCAUGGUGGCCAUAUAUUACCCUUGUAGUCAAGGUAACUAAACAGGGAUUUGCUCACUAACACUGUAACCUGCUUGAUGUAUAGAAGCACUUUGUAUUUAAAAAAACAAAACAAAACACCAAACCAUAAAACUUUAUAAGAAUGUUUUUUAAAUUUAGAAAUUAUAUUCCCUUUAUGAUUUGUUUCCACACUGCUAACACUGUCUUUUUUAAUAUUAAAAAAAAAUAUAUUCUAAUGCUUGCCUGUUUACAUGAGUGUAGAGGAAAGGAUUCUUGCACUCAGUGGCCCCAUUUUUCCAUUCUCCAAGGCCUUACUACAUACAGGGUGUCAUUUCUGCAAGUACCAUCAUCUCAUUUAAGGGAAAGUAUUCUCAUACUCAUUUCAAGAAUGGUCUUGUGUAUUAAAAUAGUUCUCAACUCCUUUCAACUUGUCACUUCAGUGUUGCAUAAAAAGGUUAAGGAUGCCUCUUCCCAUUUAACCAUAAAAAAGGCUGGUCAGAAACACCAGGAUUAAAGUAAUGGUCAAGCAAAAAAUUACUUCUAUUAAAUUCAGACCAUUUUACAGUGCAAAACUGUUUCUUUUACCAGUUUGGAAUGUUAAUCCUAUUUGCAGUUAGAUUACUUUGAAAUAAAGCUUUAAAAUGAAAUAUACUGCGAGAGACACUUUAAAGGUUUUAUAACAGGUCCAGUAGAUAUUCUAGAACCAUGUUCUUUUGUAAUGACGUAGCAUGAAUAAUAACUUUUUAAUAUUUUCCUAUUACUGUUUUACCCCAUAUUGAGACAUUCUCUUGAAGGUCCAAAAGAUGUUGCUCCACUUAUUUUGUAGCACUCUACUUUCUUAUGUUAAUUUACAUGAAAGCAUUUGAUUGCAGGAAAAUACUGAUGUGAUUGCCAUGAGAUCUAGUUGAGAGGAUUGAUGGUUUAAGGGAAGUUUGAAAUACAUGUCUAAAGUCCUUCCUUUUGCUUAUCACAGGCAAAACAGAUGAUUUUUGGUGUUUUUUUUGAAUUUAAUUUAUUGCCCGUUGACAAACUUCGUUAAUUCACUGAUUCAUUAAUUGAAGAAAAAAAGAUAUCAAAUUAUUACUUUGACACUUAAGGAAACAACUUUCCUCCUUCUUCCUCAGGUUCAACUUAAGUUGCACCUCUCCUCCCUGCCAUUGUAGUCACAGUUUCACUUGUUUUCACUGAGGUGCACUCAUCCCAUGCCAGUUGUUUUAGUAAGGUGACAGAUGACAUAGGAUGUUGCACUCAUGCAUAUGGUUUGUCUGAUGCUCUUCAGUUCUUAGUGGAUAUCCACUGCUGCUGUGGAAUAGUCAGUGUCACUAUUCAUGGUGACACCAGGCCAUAGUCCCUUCAGGGAUGUGCCUGUUCCAGCUUGGGUCAUGUACAAGCGUCAGUUUCUUCAGAGGUGUACAGGCUCUGGCACAUAGGCCAAAGUCCCUUCAGAAGUGAAUCCUUUCAGGCAUGGAGUCUGUCCCUUUGUGUGUCUGUAGACAUCCUCAGUGUCUUCUCGAUGCGUUUUCCCAAGAGCAGGUCUGCAUGUGCUUUCACAGGAGUAUCUUCUCCUUAUGUGUCUCCCUGGAUCUCUUGAUAGCAGCUGCCACUCUUUCUCAAAAAUGUGUAAGCACAGGCACUGUAUACACUUCUGGUUGCAGCUUUAGUGUGCAGUGGAUUGUUUACAUCUGCUUCAGUACAGCUUAGAACCUGUUUUGUCUGGCAUAGGAUAGUUCACAGCCUCUUGAACUGUCACAGCCACAUGUCACCCUUGCGGCCCCCAGCUACUGAGACCUAGCAAUGUAUGGCCAAUACAAUUUUACAUAGUAAGCCAAGGUUUGCAAAUGCAGCUUCUGUCAAGUUCUUAAUCUUUGCUAAUGGAGUGAUCUUGUUCAAGAUAGAUAAAAUCAUUUCCUGUUUGUAGGGAGGAAGGAAGCAAUUAAUAUAUAAAAAACAUGAAUACCUAUGUAUAUGGUGAAUUUGAAGCUUCAUGAUCUUUAACAAUAGGGCUUAUAAACAUCUGUGCAUUGUUAUAUUGCUCGCUGUUGGCUGUAGUAAUGUCUUCUGAAAACCAGAAUCAUUGUACCCACAGGCAGCUUUCAGAAUUUCCUGCUACUGUGAAGCGACUCAUUGUCCUAUCAGUGGUAAGAAUAUGUAAUCAUGCUACAGCUAAGUUCCUUCUCAUUCCAUUUUUGAACUAAGAUGUUAAUUAUCAUGGAAUCUGUGUAACUGGCAUUCUGAAAAAAUCAGCUAAUAUCAGGGUUAAGAUAUCUGCUUAGGUGUGUAUCUGACCCUUUUGAGAGAGGAGUUUUCUAGUUCACACACCACUGUCAAGUUUUUUGUUUUAUUUUUUAAGCAUUAACCUUCUUUGUUUUACGAGUGAGCAGGUAGACUCUAGGAGGUAGUGUCCAUACAAUUUUUAGUCUUAGGUUUUUUCAUCUGAGAUGUUUCUGGGAUUGAGAAACUUUCUCCUGUAUCAAAAGCAAGGCAGAAGAUCAAAGGCUGACGAAUUGGGUUUCUCAUUAUGAAAAUAAUGCUCGAUGUCCUUGUAUUACUGAGCCUGAAAGAAGGGAGGCAUGUCAGCUCUUAUAAUCUCAACACUUUUGCAUUGGUGCCAGAAAGGACACCUGUCUCUGAAUUAUGAGAGCCUACAGCAGUAUAUUGAGUAUUUUUCUUUAAGAGAAUUAGAACCUUCUCAAAACAAGAACGAUUUUUUUUUUUGUCAUUUAAAUGCUUCAUUGGAUAGGUAGGCUUCUUCAGCUAUAAACUGUAAACUAUCAGUGCCCUAGGGGAAGAUGCUGGAAAAUGAAAUGGUAUAUUUUUAAUGUGAUUAAAUUGUAAGUUCUGAUUUUUGCUUGAAGCCUGUGUCUGUCGAUUGCUGCUCCUUUUUUUAAUUAUUCAUGGAAUUCCAUAUUUCUUCCAGAAAUGUAGUUGUUUAUGCAAGUCAAGUGAAUCUUCCUUAAUUACCUAUAAGUUUUUACUCUAAACAAGUCAUUUAUAAUAGUAAAUUUGCAUAUCUUGAUAUUUUGUGAGAUGUUAUGCCUGUAUUGCAGAGGUUGGAUAGUUUUGUCUAUAAAUAUUGCUGUCCUAAUUGUACAGCAUGGUUUUAAUUUAAUGUUACUGUUCAGUAUUUUCUUCUUAUAGAAGAGACCCAUGCCCCUUUUUUGUAUAACAUGUUUUAAUAAAUGUUAUCUGUCAACUUUGUAAAUGUUUUCUUAAGCUUGAAUGAAAGGAAUGCAUGUCUAGUACUAGUAUUUAAUAUUUCACUUUUGCCAAAACAAUAAGUGCGCAAACAAAAGUACAAAUACAAAAGUUGUUGAUAUAUAACUUUAUUAAAUAUAUGAAGAAAAAGU